CUUGGCGGCCGAACAACGCGAACUCUCUCCCGCCGCGUUACGACUUACGACUCUCGAAUUUCAGUUCUUCUCCCCCUAAAGUCCCAAAACCCUCCCUUCUUUUCCGGAGUCCGUUUCAAACUCCUACCAAAAGAAAAUCAGAACUUUCCUUUUCUCCUCCGCAGACGUUUCUUCUUCCUUUGAUUUCAAUCUCCUCUUCGCUCCUCUCUCUCUCAGCAACUCCAGAGUAGUAACAAUGGCUACCACAUCAAGAUGGAUUCGACCCGAGGUUUUCCCUCUGUUUGCUACCAUCGGCGUGGCGGUAGGGAUCUGCGGGAUGCAGCUCGUCAGGAACAUAACCGGAAAUCCUGAAGUCAGGGUGACGAAGGAGAACAGGGCGGCUGGGAUUCUCGACAACCAAGAAGAAGGCGAGAAGUACAAAGAACAUGCGUUGAGGAAGUUCGUUCGCACUAAGCGCCCAGAAGUCAUGCCGGGCAUCAAUGGCUUCUUCUCUGAUCCUCGCUGAAAACCUCCCCAAACCAGUUAGGGUUUCUUUUUUUUUUUUCAGUGCACAUUGAUGAUUCAGUAGUGGUUGGAUGAAUAAGGUAUUGUUCCGAUUGUUUUGCAGCUUUGAUUGAUGCUGCAAUGAAACUGUUACAGAAUUGAUUGGGGGGAGAUUUGACCCUCUGAAAUUAGAUUACAUUUUUACAUGCUCUUCUGAAUCUGCUUACGACUUUGCAAUAGUCUCUAGCUUAGCUAACAACGAGCAGAGUUUGUUCGCCUAUGCUGGGGUUAUGCUCGAACAUUGGCUUGGUGUCGUAUCGAUAUUCGAUACGAUUAAAUCAACGGGAUCUGUUGCA